UUCAUUCAUUCUUUUUUCUUUUGGUACAAAGUGAAAAGCGAGAUGAAAAAGGUUUAGUGAAAAAGUCAUAAAAUUAAAAAUUAUACAAUACUAAAAGCAAAGAAGAAAAAAAAAGAUCGAGCAAAAGCAAACAGAAGAAAUGCGAAAAGUUGAAUAUAAAAAGUGCUCAAAUUUAUGCUGUGUCCCCGAAACAUGAAUGUCUGCGAAAGGAUAGUCGCCAAAAUGUUCAUAUAAAAAAAAGCGAAGAAAAAGGAGAAAAAGAAAAGCGGAAAAAUGAAUAAUGUCGAAUAAAUUAAAUUAUCAAAGAGGAUAAGUUGUGAUGGAAAUUUACAGAGUGAAUGAAUGUUGAUGGCAAGAGGAAAGGAAAAGUUUAGUAGAACUUUCUGAGCCUGAUCUAAUGUAAAAGGGGAUGUAAAGCUAUUACAAAUCUAAUCCUCCGGUUUUGCAUAGGAAUGAUGAUGACGACAUAUAUACUUAGAUAUUUAUAUGCUAAUAAUAACGAAUGAUACAUUGAAUCGUGCAAAUUUAGGAAUAUAUCAAAUAACAUUGAAGAUCUAUUGAAAAAUAUUUUUCGUGUUGUGUCAUAAUCCAAAGAAAAGAUAAAAAAAUAAAAAGAGUGAAAUAUUGCGAGAAGUGCUUCGUACAGAGACUAAAUAACACCAUUAACAACCCCAUCAACAUAAAAUAAGAAGAAAAGAGUGUUUGGUUGCAGUUAAUGGAUAUUAUUAUAGAAAACUGAUAUUUUUUUCUUUCAACGUGUAAUCGGAUACUUCCACAACGGAUACUUCAUUAGUGACUUCAAGAACUACGACUUAAAUAAGUUCUGAAACGUUUCAACAUAAAUAAAUCCGUUUCAGCUUCAACAGUGAAUCCUUGACACAUUCGAGAAUAAAUAGACGAGCAACAGAAACGAGAGGAAAAAAAAAGCAAAUUUGCAAUUCAAAUUGUCGUAAAUCGAUUGAUUGAAAAUAGAAAAGAAGAAAAAAAAGAAAAACAAAUAAGAAUGGAAACAAAUUCGUAUUAUCAACACAAGCCAUUCCAUAUGCUUCUGUUUUAAGCUUUUCGUGUAGCAACAUCAUCAACAACAAUAUCGACUGAGGGAGAGAGAAAGAAAGAAAGCUGACUGAAGUCAGUGGAUAAAAUAAAAAGAGAAAAUCUUUUUUAAAAACUCAUCAUGUACACUCAAGUUCAUCGUUGUUGUCGAGUCGACUAGAGCUUUCUCGUCCUGCCCACGAAAAAUAAAAUCUCAUUCUCUAGAAGAAAAAGACGUAAACAGUAGAAAAUCGUAGAAAUAAAUCAAUAAAUUUUAGCAUAAAACUCCGAGGGAACUAAAAUAAUAAGAAUAAAAGAGAAAAAAUAUCUAUGAGCCAUUAAAGCAUCGACAUUGAGACUUGAACGAACGACAUACCAAACGAAAGAAGAUCAUCAGAAAAAAUGUCGAUGGAAUUCACACAAAUAAUUUUAAUAUUGGCACUCAGCUUAAUGUUUCGAUCGAUGAGUGGCUGUCCGACGCCAUGCAUGUGCAAAUGGAAAGGUGGAAAACAAACCGUCGAAUGUGGCGGACAUAAGCUACCAAAUAUACCCGAAGGUAUGGAUCCAGGCACACAGGUGUUGAAUUUCUCGCACAAUAGUUUAACAGUAUUGCAAAGUGAACGCUUCCAGAAAAUGGAAUUGAUUAAUCUACAGAAAAUAUUCCUCUCAAAUAAUGAACUGAUUCGAAUCAAUGACAGAGCAUUUCGAGGCCUCUCGAACUUAGUGGAGCUCGAUUUAUCGGAUAAUAUGUUGACCUCAAUUCCAACGGAAACAUUUCAGGAUUAUUCUUCACUAAUGCGUUUAUCAUUAAGUGGCAAUCCAAUACGAGACUUGAAAACAUCUGCUUUCAAAUAUUUGUCGUAUCUCACAACAUUAGAGUUAAGUAAUUGCCAAAUUAGUGUGAUCGAAGAUGAAGCCUUUAUCGGAAUGGAUAAUUUGGAAUGGCUCAGACUUGACGGUAAUCGAAUACGAACAAUUCGCGGCUCUCAUAUUCUGCCUGAGUCAUUGAACGGGAUUAGUUUACAUGGUAAUCGAUGGACAUGUGAUUGUCGAUUAGUUGAUGUUUACAAUUGGUUAACCACUUACACGAUUCCACAAAUUGAAGAUCCAAAAUGUUUUGAGCCACAAAAGCUUCAAGGUCAUACGAUUAAAUCAUUACACAUUGAUGAGCUUGCGUGUCUUCCUGAAAUUUCACCAACAACAAUCUACUUGGAGAUUGCAGAAGGUCGAAAUAUUUCUCUCCUUUGUAAGAUUACAGCAAUUCCUGAAGCUUCAAUAAGUUGGUGGUUUCAGGGACAAAUACUGCAAAAUGACACAAUCAUCGCACCUAAUUUGCAUCUUUACUAUUACAUUGAAGAAGGCGUCGAUGAGAAACGCAGUGAACUUUUCAUCUUUAACGCUAAUGCAGAUGACAAUGGAACAUUUGCGUGUGUUGCUGAGAACUCUGCGGGACGUGCGCAAGCAAACUAUACAAUUAGAGUUAUUGUUAAAGAAGAGCCAAUCGUCGAGGAAGUGUCGUUUUCAAAUGAAUUCUUUCUAUUCAUCAUUGGCGGUGUAAUCAUCAUCUGUCUACUGAUUAUUAUAUGUUGUUGUAUUGUCAUUUGUAAAUGUAGAAAUCAAAGUCAAAACAGUUGUAACAAUAUGAAGAAAAAGAAAAAGAAGAAGAAAGGGAGCAAAGGAAAGGAGGUGUCAUUUCAACUGCCCAAUUCACAAAAAUGUGUCGCCAUUGCUGGCGAUAUUAACAGCUCCCUUGUCUGCUCGAAAAUAAAUGGCAAUUUAACGAUAACGGAUAAUAAUCAGCAAGAGAUGCUUCUCUACUUAGGCAACAAUACGCAGAAUAUUAGUAUAAAUGACAUGUCACUGCAGGGCCAUUGCGGUGGGCAAGACAGAAAUCCUGAUUUGAUAAAUGACGCAGAGAGUUUACGACAACGUAAUGAGAGCGACAUGAAGCAGCAUCAUCGUGAUGAUGAGAGAGACAAGACAAGGAAUCAGAUAGAUAACAAUAAUCCGAAUAACGAUAAUAAUUUUCCUCUUGUUCCCAUUCUACGUCCGGUUCCAGCACGCUUUACAGCUAUGUCAACGACAUUGCCCCGUGGCAAUAAUAAUGGCAAUGGCUUAAGCCGCGACAUGUAUCAAGUCGAUGUACAUUUAAAUCCCAGCUGUUUCAUCGACACAAACGGAUAUCCAGUUGAAUAUAGCCUAACUCAAAUUCCCAUCGUUAAUCAAGCACAGGCACCGGUUAAUUACAACUAUAAAACUCUACCACAUAACCGUUCUGGCAAAGCUGGUAAUAACUCAGUUGUACGAUUUUCAAACGAAGCUGAAUUUAUAACACGAACAUCACAAACAUUUCAAACAUAUUCACCAGACGUAAGAUAUACAGCUGAAGGCUAUCCAUGCGUAGAAUCGACGAUGAUGGACGAACAAAACUUUCCAUCACCACCUGAAGGCUACAAAACUGAUAACACUUCAUUACUACCAACAUUGGCGCUUCUUAACAAUCAAAACUUUUGUUCAAGCCCAUUAGCAAUGCAACAACAAAAUCAACAACAAGCGUCAUCAUCAUCGACAACAACAUCAUCAUUAUCAUCAUCUCUUCCUAAGUGGCCUUCAUGCUUGCCUGGUUACCAUCCACAGUUGAUAGCAAUUGAUUCGCGUUUUCAAAUUUCACCACAACCAAUACAAUCACCAACCACGCAAAUUCCACCUACAAUUCAGAAGAAAUGCGUGGGUGCGCAAACAAACGAAGUGGAUAAUAAUGUGAUACAUGAGGUUGAAGAAGAAGAAGAAGAAGAAGAAGAGGAAGAAGGUGAAAACACCGAUUCUUGUGAUGCUACGAAUGGGUCAAAAUGUCGACAAUUAAAAGGCCCGCUAGCGGAUAGUCCUGAUGAAGGGUAUGUAGGUGACAGUCAAGAGAGUUCCGACAUAUGA